GUUCAAUAUUACUACGGUCAUGGCGGCAUGCCCACUCCGCUUGUCGGCGAGCUCUACCCUAAUGCUAGAGACAUCAAGCUCAAGGAUGGUAACAAUCCAUUCGAAUUGCUCACUCCCCAAAAGUGGUCAACCCGCAAGGAUGGUAACGUUGAAACUUGCACUAUGAUCAGGGAUGGUCUCACUUUCCUUGUCAAGUUCGCAUUUCUUGCGACUAGACGUGUUGCCCGCCUUACUAACGUUGGUGAUGUAGACCUGCCGGCUCAGUUAGAGAUGCUCUGCCAGUACAUGCAUCGCAACAAGACCGAUGCGAAGGGUAAGGGAAAGAUGGACUCCACCAACGGUCAAGACGCUGCAAGGCCUGCGGGACAGCACCAUGCUGUCAUGGAGCCGCAGCCUUCGGGCUUUACUUCCUUGACCGCCGUCAGCACCAGGGGCACUAGCUCCAAUACAAUCUUCAAGGACAACACCACGCAAGACUCUGCACAGACAUCGUCGCAGCUGUUCGAGGCUGUCGUCAAACAGCGGAAGGUCAAGGUGGAAGCAGGCUGGGUCCAGAAUGACAAGAUCCUUGAGGAAGAGUUUAAGGAUCUCAAGGCACGCCCUGCUGAUAAAGAGACGAAGAGGCAGAAGGCAAAGACCGAGCUCAACGAAUGAAACAACAAGGACAAGAAGCAGACGAAAGACUUCCAGCAGUUCUUUGGUGCUUAGCUGCAGAAAAGAACUAGGUCUCAGGACCAUGUCUGCGAGGCGAUCAGGUCAGUUCAAGAUCUUGUCAAGAUUUUUCCCUGAUGGUGGCGUGUCCGCAGGUACUUUGUAAUAGUAUUCCUUCAGCCUUAGUGCCACCAUCCUGUAAGAUUACUCUACGAUUACCAGACCGCCACCAUGGCUGCAAGGCGCAGCAUACCUCAACUACUGCAUAGCAUUAGCUUCAUCGAUGUGCAAACGAUCAACGUUGUUCCCACUGUCGCGCCUAAACUGGUGAUGUCGUUUGAGGUUCAAAUUCAGAUACAAGCCCAUCGUUAUGCGGCACUGAUUUUGCCAGACUAUCCAUUACCGUGUACAGAGUCAUUUCAAGUGUUAUCUCCAAGUCCAG